UUGCUCUACGUCAGCCAUUCGCUCGGCCACUAUCAAUCGAUUAGAGAGUGGAAGAUGGCGGCUCAUCGAGGCUGAGCAUCGAGAUCGAUCACCGAAACACUCGAUUGGACGGAUCAGUUGAAGUCCGGGAAAGCUUGAAAAUCGUCCAUUAUACGAGGAUAGUCUCUCCUACAAUCCACUCCAUCAGUUAUGGACUUUCCUUGGCAUAGCGGGAAAGUCCUUGAACAGCUGAAUGAACAGCGUCAGUUGGGUCUUCUUUGUGACUGCACGUUUGUUGUGGAUGGAGUAGACUUCAAGGCCCACAAGGCAGUGCUGGCAGCAUGUAGUGCUUACUUUCGCACUCUGUUUUUGGACCAGAAAGAUGUUGUUCAUCUUGAUAUCAGCAAUGCAUCAGGACUUGAGCAAGUUCUUGAGUUUAUGUACACGGCAAAACUCACCUUGAACCCUCAAAACGUGGAGGAUGUGCUUGCCGUAGCGUCUUUUCUUCAAAUGCAGGAAAUUGUCAACGCUUGUUCGGCUUUUCAGUCCUUGGCUGUUCCUUUAUCAUCCAAGCCUGUAGUAUUAACAGAGUCUGUGGAAGAACAUCAGACAUCUUUAAAACCAGAAGAUGCACCAUCUCAAGAGGAGCAGGCGGUGGUCCAGAAUGUGAUACCCGAAGAAAAGGAAGCCCCUGCACAAUCGCAAACAACACAAAUCCAGGAGGAUUCAUGUAGUACAGCUGAGAAGCAAAGCACAGAGACUCAGAGAGCUGUCAGCAAAGCUAGUGGAGCGUCUAAGCUCACCAGACAAAAGAAAGCUGAUGUCUCGGAGUCUAAUAUAGAAAGAGAGGAAGAGAGAGCCACAAAAGAUAUUCCACAACAUCAAGAUGACCCUAAUGAUGCAGAUUACACUCCAAAACCCCAGAGGGCGGCAGCUAAACGGUCGUAUGUUAGCACAAGAAGCAAAUCGAAAUAUGCGACUGCUGCAAAAGUUAACCGAGGUGAGGACAGCGUGUCAAAGGAUGAAAGUGUUCAAAGAGUGGAAGAAGAUGAGGAUGAAGAAGAGGUGGAGGAGGAAGAGCAGAUGGAAACAGAUGAGGGAGAAACAGAUGAGGGAGAAACAUCUGAUUCAGAGGAUGAAAACCUGACGACUGGAACUGCGGCUGAGCGCACCGAGUCAAGAGCAUAUGGCUCUGUCACUCACAAAUGUGAGGACUGUGGGAAAAAGUUCACACACACGGGCAACUUCAAACGACACAUUCGCAUUCACACCGGUGAGAAGCCGUUUAGCUGCAGAGACUGCAAAAAAUCCUUCUCAGACCCAGCUGCCUGCAAAGCACAUGAAAAAACACACAGCCCCCUGAAACCAUACUGCUGUUCUACCUGUGGAAAAACCUACCGGCAGAUCAGUCUGCUAAACCUACACAGGAAGCGGCACACGGGCGAGGGGCGGCACAGCUGCGAGGACUGUGGGAAGCUCUUCACCACGUCUGGGAACCUGAAACGCCAUAUGCUGGUGCACAGCGGAGAGAAACCCUACCACUGCGAUUACUGCGACCGGGCAUUUUCUGAUCCCACUGCCAAGAUGCGGCAUCUAGAGACCCAUGACACAGACAAGGGUCAUAGAUGUCCACAUUGUGAUAAGAAAUUCAACCAGAUAGGGAACCUAAAAGCGCACCUGAAGAUUCAUAUUGCAGACGGGCCACUUAAGUGUAAGGAGUGUGGGAAGCAGUUUACCACCUCAGGUAACCUAAAAAGACAUCUACGUGUACACAGUGGUGAAAAGCCAUUUGUCUGUAUGCAUUGCCAGAGAGCCUUUGCUGACCCCGGGGCCCUACAGAGACAUGUGCGAAUCCACACAGGUGAAAAGCCCUGUCUGUGUCUGAUUUGCGGAAGAGGCUUUACACAGGCCAGUUCGCUCAUUGCUCAUGUACGCCAACAUACCGGAGAGAAACCGUAUGUGUGUGACCGCUGUGGCAAAAGGUUCGUCCAGUCCAGCCAGCUGGCCAAUCACAUCCGUCAUCAUGACAAUAUCCGGCCGCAUGUAUGCCAAACCUGCAACAAAGGCUUUGUCAAUGUGGGAGAUCUCUCAAAGCACAUCAUCAUUCACACAGGCGAGAAACCUUACCUGUGCGAUAAAUGCGGGCGAGGAUUUAAUCGCGUGGAUAACCUCCGUUCCCAUGUGAAGACGGUACACCAAGGGAAGGCAGGCAUGAAGAGACUGGUGUUGUCUGAGGAUGACAGUGAAGAGAAGCUCCUCCCCGAUUCUGCCACGGGCUCAGAACUCGACACUAAUGAAGUCAGCAUCGUAACCGUGACUACCGAAGACAUCGUGACUCUGGCCACAGAGGCUCUGGCUACCAGUGCCGUAGCACAGCUUACAGUUGUGCCGGUGGCAACCUCUGUAUCUGCAGACGAAACCGAAGCCCUAAAAGCAGAGAUCACAAAAGCGGUGGAGAAAGUGCAGGAGGCAGAUCCCAACACCCAGAUCUUGUAUGCAUGUGACUCUUGUGGUGAGAAGUUCAUGGACGCCAGCUCGCUUGCUCAGCACGUCCGAAUUCACACUGCCCAGGCCCUGGUCAUGUUUCAGGCGGACUCUGACUUCUACCAGCAGUACGCAGGAGACGGCACAUGGCAAACCACUGAGCAGGUUAUUCAAGGGGGGGAGCUCUUGUUUCGGACUAGGGAAGAGGAGGGUGAGGAAGUUGAGGGAGCUAUAGCCCAGCAUGAACCUCAGAAUGAUGGGGUAGAUGAGGUGACCGAAACACAGAUGGAGACGGAGGACGGGUCUGUGAAAGUGGAGUCUGAAAGUUAAGCAUAGUGAGAGGUCACUGAACUGUAUAAGCCAAAUGAGUCACGGACAUUGAGCCACAUGGAGACGGUCACAAAGCUUAAAACAUAACAACUGAAUUUUGAGUCUGUCCUCACUGGGAUGGUUAUUAAAUAAUAUGAUGUAAAAUAUUUUAGGUUGAGCAUCUUGUAAAAAAACAUGGAUUGGUGUAAGAAGAUGUUACACACAAAGCACCGUGUGUGCAGAAUAAUAAAAUACAAGGUUAUAUUGAUUGUUUAAAUAAUUAAAUUAUAUGCUCUAAAUCUGUUUGUCAGAAAUAUUAACACUGGGUUAAAAGCUGUAUAUAUAUAUAUUUUGUCAGAUCUUGUAUUCACAUGCCACAGAUCAUGUUACUUUAAACAUAUUACUGUCCAACAGCUUUCAUUUCUCAACAAAGCGUGAGUGAGCUUAUAUUUAUUGCUUCAUUUUUAUGUCGAGCUUAAGCGUUUUUGUAAAGAAGACAGAUUGAGCUUUAAAUUGCUUCAGUAUUGAAUUGCUAAUUUUGUUGUAUUUUCAUAACUGGUAGAUGCUGAGUCAAUUCUCAGAAAUAAAUGGUACAUUUAAUUUUAUAUAAAAAUGGAUCAUGUUUAUAAAUAAUUUCUGGUCAGAAGGCCUUAUUCAUAAAACACCGCCAGAUACAUUUCUGUGUAAACUGUUAUAAACCCGUUUAAAUGAAUGUGUCAGCUUACACAAGAAUAUGAUUUACAUAGAAAAUCUGUUAUAAAUACGAUCUCAUACUGCUUAAUGCAUUGCAUUCUAACUUACUGAAUUGUCAUACUACAUAGUACAUAUUUUAAGAUAAGAUUGCUUGAAAUGCAGUUUUUGAUUGUCACACCUGUCAUCAAAUGCUUUCAUAUACUGGUGUUGUAGGUAGUUAUUCAUAUACAUGUUUUGUAAACAUUGCCUUGGGAUUUAUCCAACAAAAAGUGGAUGCACCACAAUUAGACACAUAAACUAUUAUUUAAAUGGAA